AAUGACAAUUGUGUUUUGUACUCCUGGAGGCUUUGGCCACCCCCUAUUUAGCUUUGUCUGAUGGGUGAAUCCGCCGUGCUCUUCCGCAUAAGCCGUAACCUCUGAAGUAAAUACAGAAGCGGGAUCAUUUCUUGGAUAGCAUAAGAAAACAUGGGUUGGGCCUUAUUUUUCCGAAAGGGAAGAUGCGUAUCAUCUAGGAAGACAACAGCCCACCUUUUUCAAGGUGGGCUAUGCCACUCCUGCGUCCGUCAGCUUUCCUCUCGGUUUGUGGUGCAGGACUGCCCUCCCACCACAUCAAAACGCCGUCCCAUAAGAAUUGGAUGUGCAUCUGGCUUCUGGGGAGACACAGCUGCUUCAGUACCACAGCUUCUUUAUGGCGGCAAACUGGAUUUCUUGGUUUUUGACUAUCUUUCCGAAAUUACAAUGUCUCUACUGACAGCUGCAAAAGCGAAGUCAUCAAACUUGGGAUAUGCUCCAGACUUUGUGUACACUGCGAUGGCGCCUUAUAUUAAAGACAUUCAUAAAUCGGGUGUCCGUGUUAUCAGUAAUGCUGGAGGAACCAACCCUAUUGCCUGUGCUGCUGCAUUACAAGAAAUAAUUAAGAAAGCCGAUCUUGACUUGAAAAUAGCAGUCGUCACUGGGGAUGAUUUAAUGAAAAAGAAAGAUUCAUUGAAGGAUGCAGGGAUUUUAGAUAUGGAGAAUGGGAAGCCUUUUCCUGAGAAAAUUCAUAGUAUGCAUGCUUACCUUGGAGCGAGGCCAAUUAGCAGGGCCCUGGACCUUGGAGCCGACAUUGUUGUCACUGGAAGAUGUGUGGACAGCAGUGUAGUUUUGGGACCACUGAUACAUUCUUUUGGUUGGAAGAGGAAUGAGUUUGAUCUGCUUGCAGCUGGCAGUGUUGCGGGGCAUUUAAUAGAGUGUGGAGCCCAGUGUACUGGUGGGAUAUUCACAGACUGGCACCUGGUAAAGGACUGGCACAAUAUUGGCUUUCCGAUAGUGGAAUGUACCUCAGAUGGGGAUUUCUCUUUAUCAAAACCAUCACAAACAGGAGGACUUGUGUCAUUUGGAACUGUAGCCGAACAGUUAGUUUAUGAAAUCGGAGAUCCCCAAAAUUACCAUCUUCCGGAUGUGUCCUGUGACUUCUCCCAGGUUUCAAUCACUGAAAUUCCAGAAGCCGAGGGUGGAGCUGUCAGUGUUCAUGGUGCAAGAGGACAAGCCCCAUCUUCAUAUUAUAAGGUAUGUGCCACCUAUGCUGAUGGAUUCAGGGCCACAGCUGUGUGUCCAGUGAGCGGACCAAAAGCAGCAGAAAAAGGAAGGCGUACGGCUGAAAGCAUUCUGAAGAGGACUCAAGAUAUGUUCACACAGCUUGGCUAUGAAGAUUUUAGUGGAGUUAACGUACAAAUUAUUGGUGCAGAAGACUCAUAUGGACCACAUGCCAGAGGCAAAGAACUUGCUCGCGAAGCUGUUAUUUGGAUUGCCGUGCAUCACAAGGAGAAAAAGGCACUUGAAGUCUUUGCAAGAGAGAUUGCACCUGCGGGGACAGGAAUGGCACCUGGACUCACAGCAAUUGUUGGAGGACGCCCAAGAGUGUCUCCAGUUCUGAAGCCUUUUUUCUUUCUGUAUCCCAAGAAAAAUGUCAAGAUUGAUAUUUAUAUGAAUGAGAAACACAUAGAGCAGUUUGUGGAUGAUCACUCUUUUACUGUGGAUGAAACAGCAUCUUCUGCUGAACCUGUGACCAUUGAAACACCUAACGAUCUUCCAAGUGGUCCUUAUGUCUAUCGUUUAGAAGAACUUGCUUACACAAGAAGUGGAGACAAAGGAAAUAAUGCAAAUAUAGGUGUUGUAGCUCGCCACCCUCUCUAUUACCCAUAUCUGAGAAGAGCACUUACUGCUCAGGUCAUACAGGAAUAUUUUUUGCAUCUUUUAGAGAAAGGACAAACUGAUGAACACUUGGUGACAAGAUAUGAGUUGCCUGGAAUAUAUGCAUUAAACUUUGUUUUGAAGAAUUCUCUUGGAGGUGGAGGAAUUGCAUCAUUGAGAAGUGAUCCACAGGGGAAAGCACUUGGACAGAUGUUACUUGACCUUGAGAUAAAAAAUGUCCCUGAUCUGAAGUCAUUAAUAGAAUAAACUUUGCUUACCAUUUUUAGACCCUCGCACAGUUUAAAUGCUUGUGUCAAAAUGUUUACUGAAUUUCAAAAAGCUUAAAAAGAACGAUAUAAAAGUACAUUUAUAGCAUCUGAAAACAGUCCUACUCUCACUCAGGGUUGCUUGGUACCCUCAAGUAAACCACUUUAUACUCCAAAUGUUUUUUUACAAAGAAAUUUUUGAUAUGUAAGAAUUAUCAUCCCGUCCACUUUUACUAGGGAUUUAUUAUCUAGGAAAAAGUCAGUUACAUAUACUGGUAUUCUAGUACAAAUAAUUAAACGUAGAGGAAAUGUCAUAACGCUACAACUUUAAACAUGUAAAACAUAUUUGUGGGUAUAAAUAUAUAUGUAUUAUAGAAACAAUAAUAUUAUAGUGGUAUGUUCUGAUUGCCAAAACAAAUAUGAACACCUGGCUAUUUUAGGACACAUAUAUAGCAUAGACUAAAGGUUAAAGGUUAGUACUUAAAUAUAAAUUGUCUCUUAGUAUAUAGCUGGGGGCUGUGCGUAUCAAUCAUCACUGCUAUGUCAACAUAUAG